CUAAGUUAAACUAAACCACAGGAAGCUUCAUUUCAGCGUGAAUAGGAACGAGGGUGGGAGAGCACUGGAAUAGGCUGCCCGGGGAAGUCAUGAAGUCGCCCUCUCUGGAGAUAUUGCUAACCCACUUGGAGGCGUUCCUGUGUAACCCGAUCCAGGUACCAUGGAGGAAAAAAAAGAAAUGUCAAUAGAUAGCCUGAGUCAUUUGACUGAAGAAAAACUAGAUAUUUGCAUGAGCAAUGUUUCAGACCUUCCUCUUCUGACUGAUGAAAAGUUUGAUUUUGACCUUUCACUCUCUUCAACAAGUGGAAAUGAAGAUGAAGUUUUUGUUGGACCUGUGGGACACAAAGAAAGAUGUAUUGCUGCCAGUAUUGAAGCAAAAAAGAGUGUGUCUGCUUUUGAUGAUAAACUCAUGUGGAGCCCACUUCAAGGAGAGAAAUUUGUGGAAAUCUUCAAAGAAGCUCAUUUGUUGGCACUGCAAAUAGAGACUGGAAGCAAGGACAAGGAGACCAAAAUAGGCCAAUCAGAAGAACAGGAAAACAAGAUUGUAGAAACAUUUGUGGAGGACUCACAGUCAAAGCUGAAGAUACUGAGAAACAAAAACAUAGCACUAAGUCCCAGGCCCGUUAAACGGGAGACGUACUGUGUGCAGGGUAGCCCAGCAUGUCAGCUGCCCCCUUGUUUUCAGAAGGCAUCACAGAAACUCGUGUCAGAUGGCCAAGUCCAUGCUCUUCCUGCUCCUCCUAACAGAAGCCCUGUUAAAAGUUGUGUGUCUCCUACAAAAAAUGCCAGUUUACCCCUGACAGAAGAGCAGGAAACCAAGGAAACAAAUGCAAAAGCAAUUGGCAAACUGCCAAUGGCAAAGCCAUCAUCUGCUUCUGGAAAAAGCAAUUUGUUGACAAUUGACAAGCCUGGCUUAAGGAAGAUGACAUAUCUGAAAUGUCCUCCUGUUGCCAGUGGUCUCACAAGGAAGACUACAUCAUCAUCUUCAUCAUCAGUUUCCAGCAUGAACUCAAGUCUUAAUUCAAGUUUACCAAUUUCUCCUAUAGGCAAAAAAGGAAAGUCAAGCCUGCCAUCAAAAGCUGGUGUGAAUGGCUCUAAGCUUUCAUCUGGUACAAGCAGGCUGGCCCUUGUCAGACCUACCACAGUGUCAUCUCUGCAGGCUGCCAACACUGAGAAAUUCAGGAAGCAAGUGAGAUCAGCUAGUACUCCCAAAAUAUCUGGUGCCAUAAGCCUGGCUAAAUCUUCAUCUUCUGCAGCAUCAUGUGAGGCUGCAGGCAGUGGGAUUCGGAGACCAAGCUCUGUUUCCAGUCUGCAGCAGCUAUGUCAGCAGAAUAAAGAUGGGACUUCAACAAAAGGAAGCCUGUGUCCAAAGCCCAAGGCUAGAGUUUUGUCUGCUUCCACAAGUCAAACCAAGGCUCCUGUGAAGACUCAAGAUGCAACACCAAGCAAGUUGGCACCAAAAGCAGCACCAUCUCUUGGAUUAACAUUUUGUGGCACACCUGGAAGUGCCAUGGCAGUCAGCACUCCUAUGAAAGGCUCAGAAGAUAAGGCCUUCCAGGGUUUUUGUUUUCCUGAGAGAUCUGCCCCCAUGACUCCAGCCAGCGUGAAGCGGUCUGGCCUGCCUACACCCGUCCGUCGGAUCUCGGGGUUCCCAGCAGUGACUCCCAAAACUGUACCAAGAGUGCCAACUUCUCCACAUGCUGCAUCUCUUCAGCAGAGCUUCAGCUUUUCUGCCAAAAAGACUUUUACAGCUGGCUCUAAACAGAAACAAGAGAGUAAGACACAGACAUCUUCGGAGGAUGAUACGUCUCCUCCAGCUGUGCUACCUCUUGUACUUGACUUCUCACCAGAGAAAACUGCUACAGAAGGAGCAGAAAAUGCAUUAAAAGAGGCAGAAGUACACAAUGAGCUGGCUGAAGUACAAAAUGAGCUGGCUGAAGUACAAAAUGAGCUGGCUGAAGAGAAACAACCUGAGGCUUUACUGCUGGAUAUUGGAGCAGACAAAUCUCUCUCACACACUCCUGAAUGUGAAUGUAGACCUUUGAUUGACCUUUCCAAUACUCCUGAAGUGAGUAAGAUUACUUCUGCAAAGCCUGUGUUAUCUGGGCAGAUAAAGCUAAUUGAUUUGAGUUCUCCUCUUAUCACUCUGAGCCCUGAUGUAAACAAAGAAAAUCUGGAUUCCCCUCUGCUGAAGUUCUAAAUUUGAACUGAAAUGAAGAAUUCUUAGCAACUGUGAUCUUUGAAGUGGUUUUGGUGUUAUUCCUCAUUUGUUUAAUUUUUUGAAGAUGGCUGUAGAUUGAUGAACUGCAUUUACAAAAUAGAAUUCUAACACUCUUGGAUACAAUCAGUCUGAUAAUGGUUUUAUUCAUGGAUGUGCUGCAAUGGAUGUAUUUAAACUAUGCUGCUCUGAGGCAAAAAAAUUGGAAUUGUAAUUCCAGUUUCUGAAUCGGAAGCCUGCCUCCUUACUUCUUACAUUGUCAUUUGAUUCCUCUGUGUACAACAAGCUUUAAUUUAAA